GGCUAGCUACAAAAAUCAACAGUUAUUUUAAGCGGUACAUGGUCACAAACGUGGGUUUCCAUCGCUUCUAGAAUUCAGUGAUUUCCUCAUGGUCGCUUGCGUCACAGUGAUAAUAAAAACGAAACUAUAUCGUUACCUAGAUUAGUUAGCUAGCUAGCUAGUUAAGACCGCAAUGAAUGAGGCCCGAGUGCCUGUUCUCGAGCUGGAAAGUGAGCGCGAGCCAAUUUCAAUAACGUGGAUGUGGACCGGUUAAAUGUCAAAUAUAGCGAACAACCUGUGCCAUCGAAAUAUGUGGUUGGGACCUUAAUCUCAGCAUCCUGGAAGUGGAAAGCACACAAGAUCUGUGUCCCACACCACAGACAGGGGCAGUGUGUAACAGAGGAAACCCAGAGGGAGGAAGCCCUGGGGAGGAGGCGGUGCAGCGCCGCACCCCUCCGGCUGUGGAUGUGCUGGGUGGCAACUCCCUGGCUGCGCAGAAUGUGGCCGGGUCAUCCCAGCAUGCCCUGCAGCCGGUCGCACCUGCCCUCCUCCCACCACUGGUUAACACGGCAACGUCACAGCCGGAAAGAGACGCUGUUGCCGUCGUCGUCGUCGUCAGCCAAGAGAGAAGCCCCGCAGAGACUCAACCCAACAGCAACUAUCAGGAGAGUUUGGAAGAAGGGUCCUCGUUGGACGGUGGUGCUGACGGUCUCAGCGGAGGCACUUCCCCAUCAGCCCUUAAGGGCCCGAGUCUCCCUACGGCGUCGAGAGGGAGACCACCUCAUUCUGACGUAUUCACACACACACAGACAGACGGCACAGAGCAAGGCGUUCCUCACGGAGCACAAACUGAUCAAAGCCAAGGCCCGGCAGUGCAGGAAGCACGUGCUGCCGGUGGACCGGGGGCUGUCGUCAGAACAGAAGAGGGACAGACUGUCCCUGGAAGAGAGACUUUGGAAUAUAUACCAGAGACUGGAAUUGAAGGCGAUAACACAGACGGAAAUAUCUUCUCUACUGCCUCUCCAGCAGCCUUCCCUUUCCCCCUCAACUCCAGUCCUGAUCCAGUCAGGGACCACACAGAAGACAGAGGCAUGGAGCACUCCGAAACGGCCCAGCUUGUUCAGGCCAGCCACCUACCUCUGCCUGAUGUCGAGGAGCAAACAGGCAUUCACCCAAACUCUAAACAGCCUCUCCUCCCAGAGCCCAUAUCUGGCAAUAGCGAGAGCAAAGAAAAUGACCUCUGCAUGGAGCCUCAAAUUAUCAGGCAGAACUUCAGUGACGACAACAGGGAAAUGCAGGAAUCAACGGAGGUGGAGGGAUACAAAGUACCAGAGCCCACAAAGCCUGAUGACGGUGAACGACAAGAACCAGUCACUCUCUGGAGUUCACACACACAAAUGCUACGCCAACCUGCACCGACUGACCUACUCUGUACCCCAAGCACAGAGGGAAAAGACCCUGGACUUUACACCCCAACUGGCAACGGAAACUCUACCCUUAACUUCAGAGUUGAAAAAGAGGAGAGUGACAACAUUCAGAGAAGUCCCUCCGUCCCAGAAGGACAGGGGGAGAGGAACGAGACCAUGGAGGAGACAGACACCCACUUGUAUAACUUUACCAUGCAAUCUCAAAGCCCUGCUCAACAGGAAAGGACUACAAUUUCUCCCAUCCAUCUCUCCCAUACUGAGCUAGGCUCAGGACUCACCGAGCACUCUGUUGGGGCUGAAACAUCUAAUCCUGCCCCUGAGCCCAGUAUGGAAACAUCCUUGAUCUCUGAUCUUGUGGAUUCAACUGACGCUCAAGGACUUUUUAUGGCUGAGGUAGAAACCAGUGUCAACAGGGACUCUGAGGUGAAUCCGAGUUUUCUGUUAGAAGGGGAAUGUAGCGGUGGUUAUGGGGCUGCUGCUGCUGAUGAACCAAAGCUCUUUAGAGAAGAGACUCAUCCUGACAUUGAAAUGAUAGACGCUCAAGUGACGGAGGCGUAUGAGAUUUAUGGCUUUGUGGAAGAGGUUGCUACCGAAACCAUCUGUGCCAGUAGUGCACAAUUGCCUUCCUCCCCAGGCUAUGAGGUGAAUUUGUUCAGUCCACUCGCACACGCUGAGAAUUGUACAACCGCAGAAGAACACGAUUCGCAACUUCAAGGAAUGGAGAUUUGUUCCAGCGACUUCUACCCCAGUCAGUCCACACAGGAUACAACUGCUGAUGUCGGAGGGCUGAGUUUGGAGCCAGGAAGCCAAACAACUGAAGCUGACACUACAGAGGCCGAAAGCUCCAGUGAGGUUUAUUACGUCCAAACUGCUCUUGUAUCAGACACUCCCAUCUUGACUGAAGCUGCGACACAUUGUUUAGUCUCCAGCUCGGCUGUCUCUGACCAUACGAGCAUGAGUGACAUCCAGAUGCUGCUGGAGGAUCAAGUGGAUGCAGCAGCCAGUACACCGUCUCUAGUCCCCCCUAGGGAAAUGGUCACACACAGUCCAGUCAAAAACACUGGCUAUGCCCUCUCUGCCCAGACCACUUUGCACCAUACAGCGGUAAAAAAGCAGGCCCCUAAAGAAGCUGUAGGCAUCCGUCUUUUAAAUGCCCCAAAGACUGAGCUCUGUGAUUCUUCUCACAAAGGGACCGGAAAAAACCUCUCAACGGCUCUGUCAGAGACGUCGGCCCAGACGGUGGAGGACUCUGGGCGGACUACAGCCUCCUGUUCGAAACUCUCUUCUGGCAUGAUCGACCCAAAGCUGCUCCUGAUUAAACGUGGAGACACUCCUCUCCUCAAACAACCCCCGUGCUUUUUGGUGGAGGUGUCCAGUCAACAGAGCACCCCCGCCCUGGCCAGCCCGUCCAGCCGUGGGGCAGACACCACAGCUUCUGUAGAGUGCCUUCCCAAAACACAGCUUAUCAUCAGGGGAUCCACAGUGGCUCUUGCACCUGCCGGCGCCCAGCCUGUCGUCAACACACCGUACCAUCCUCCUCUGCCACCGCCACGUCCCUUCACACCUACACAGAGCAAAUCUGACAGAGCUGCCUUAACCGAGACAAAAACUCCCAUGCUGAAAUCAGAACCUCAAUCGAAACAUCUCACCCCAGAUGUCUCCACACCUUCCAAGCCCCUCUACGCCCCUAAGCUUCCCUCAACAACGGGUUCUUUAAAGAGUAACACUUGCAGGUCCUCCAGUGACGAAAACCUAUGCGAAUCCCCUUCUCUCGGCCAACCCUGCCUGUAUACAGGCUCUCAGGGUAUGGAUGAGAGUAUGGAAUUUGAGCAUGGGAGUUCACCUGGAGCAGAUGCCCAGCAAGGGACCAUGGGCCAGCUCUGUAGCCCCAAAGAGGAGAGCAGCGAGGGAGAGGCAGACCCAGAGCCUGCGUCCACCUCGGAGGCCAAGAUCACGGGCAGGAUGGCAAUCUCCAGCCCCGCACAGAACAAGCAUGGACAGAGCAGGAGAGACAGAAAGGCACUGUUCUCGAAGGUCCGCCAGUGGAUAGCAGACAGGGUCACGCCGGGGGACUCUCCCAUCUCCCCUUCAACCUCCUCUCUCUCCCCGGGCCCGUCCUCCUCCAGUGACUGGAGCCACAUCUCCAGGAGGACUUCCCCUCUCCGAGGUCCCCAUGGCAAGUUCCUCUCCCCCCCUUCUCUGGGCCCAGGUGGGCCCUGCCCGUCGGACCAGACCCCCCCUCAUCGAUCCCGCUAUGAGAGGCACACGGACAUGGCAGAGCAGGCUAAGCAUGAAGCAGAGAUCGAGCAUCGCAGCCUUUCGUUAAAGCGGGAGGGAUCCUGGUCUACGAAGCGCCUGACUCGGCUAACUGAGCCGGUUCGACCCAAAGUCCACUGGGACUACCUGUGUGAAGAGAUGCAGUGGCUCUCUGCCGACUUUGCCCAAGAAAGGCGUUGGAAGAGAGGGGUGGCUAGAAAGGUUGUGCGCAUGGUGAUGCGAUACCACGAGGACCUGAGACAGAAGGAGGAGAAAGCAAAGAGGGAUGAACACGCCAAGAUCAGGAGAGUUGCCUCCAACAUAGCCAAGGAGGUCCGAGCCUUCUGGAGCAGCGUAGAGAAGGUGGUGCAGUACAAGCAGCAGUCCCGGCUGGAGGAGAAAAGGAAGAAGGCUUUGGAUCUCCAGCUGGACUUCAUCGUGGGCCAGACUGAGAAAUACUCAGACCUUCUGAGUCAGUCUCUGGCCCCCGCUGGGGCCCCGGAGGCUGCGGUGUCCUCUCCCAAGAAACCUCUCCCGUCUGCUCUGGAUGAAGAUGACAGAGACUUUGAGCCCCCCUGUGAGGAGGAGGAUGACGAGGAGACCAUCGAGGUGGAGGAGCAGCAGGAGGGCAAUGAUGCCGAGUCCCAGAGGAGGGAGAUCGAGCUGCUGAAAGAGGAGGGCGCCCUGCCCCUGGACCAGCUCCUCAGCACCCUCGCACGCCCACAGAACUCCGGGUCCGAGGAGGAAUGCUCCGACGCCUCUUCCUCGACUGUGGAGGAGGAAGACAAGGAGUUCACUGCCAAUGAAGACGAAGCCGAGGAUGAGGAAGACACCAUAGCUGCCCAGGAGGUGGCGGAGGGGGCUGGAGACCACGCGGAGGAGCUGGACGACUUGGCCAAAGAAGGUGACAUGAGCAUGGAUGAGCUGCUGGAGAAAUACAAAGGCGCGUAUGCCUCCGAUUUCGAGGAACCGUCUGCGUCCGCCUCUUGCAGCAGCUCUGAUGAGUCUGAGAUCUCAGGGGAGGAGGAAGAGGAGACCGAGGAAGAUGAAAGUGACGUGGAAAGCAACACUUCCUCCUCAGAAUCGCCCGGGGAGAGCGAGGAGGAAGUGGAAAGCGAGAAUGAAGAGGACAGUGAUGAGGAGGAGGAGGAGGAAGACGACGACGAUGAAGAUGAUGAGUGUGGAGAAGGGAUGGAGGUCCUGCUGAAGGAGGGCGACCACAGCCCUCCCAUGUCCUCCGGCCAACGGCCCAAGAAGGAGAUCAGCCACAUCGCUGCCACGGCAGAGAGUCUGCAGCCAAAGGGCUACACUCUGGCCACCACUAAGGUCAAGACUCCUAUUCCCUUCCUCCUACAUGGCACGUUGCGUGAGUACCAGCACAUCGGACUGGACUGGCUGGUCACCAUGUAUGAGAAGAAGCUCAAUGGCAUCCUGGCCGACGAGAUGGGUCUGGGGAAGACCAUCCAGACCAUCGCCCUGCUAGCUCACCUCGCCUGUGAGAAGGGUAACUGGGGUCCUCACCUGAUCAUCGUGCCCACCAGCGUCAUGCUGAACUGGGAGAUGGAGCUGAAGCGCUGGUGCCCUGGGUUCAAAAUCCUCACGUACUACGGCAGUCAGAAGGAGAGGAAACUCAAGAGACAGGGAUGGACCAAACCUAACGCGUUUCACGUCUGUAUCACGUCCUACAAGCUGGUGCUGCAGGAUCACCAAGCCUUCAGACGCAAGUCCUGGAGAUACCUCAUCCUGGACGAGGCACAGAAUAUUAAAAACUUCAAAUCCCAGCGCUGGCAGAGCCUGCUCAACUUUAACAGUCACAGACGCCUCCUUCUAACCGGCACCCCCCUGCAGAACAGCCUGAUGGAGCUGUGGUCCCUCAUGCACUUCCUCAUGCCCCACGUCUUCCAGUCCCACCGGGAGUUCAAGGAGUGGUUCUCCAACCCCCUGACGGGCAUGAUCGAGGGCAGCCAGGAGUACAACGAGGGCCUGGUGAAGAGGCUCCACAAGGUGCUCAGGCCCUUCCUUCUCAGGAGGAUCAAGGCGGACGUGGAGAAGCAGAUGCCCAAGAAGUACGAGCACGUGGUGCGCUGCCGGCUGUCCAAGAGGCAGCGAUUCCUCUACGACGACUUCAUGGCACAGGCAUCGACCAGGGAAACGCUGGCCAGCGGACACUUCAUGUCUGUGAUCAACAUUCUGAUGCAGCUUCGUAAAGUGUGCAACCACCCCAACCUGUUUGACCCCCGGCCGAUCCAGUCACCCUUCAUCACUCAGCCCAUUGUCUUCCACACGGCCUCCCUCGUGCACGAAGCCCUGGAGAUCCCCCCCUUCAAGAGGUGUGACCUGUCCAUGUUCGACCUGGUGGGUCUGGAGGGCCACGUGUCACGUUACCAGGCCGAUGUGUUCCUGCCCAGCAGGAAAGUCAGCCGUCAGCUGAUCCAGGAGGUUAUGGAGUCACCUGACCCUCCUCCACGCCCCAGACCAGUUCGCAUGAAGGUCAACCGGAUGUUCCAGCCUUUGCCCAAGACUGACGGCCGCACAGUCCUGCUGAUGAACAACCCCCGGCCCACCUGUCCAGUCACCCCGGCCAGUCAGGCUCCUCGACCCCCGCUCAUCACAGACAUAACACCCUCCCCUGCACCGCCUGUCCAACAAGUGGUGUGUUCAGUGGCUCCCUCCGCCUCGCCUCGGCUAGCCCUGCACCUCAGCGCUCCCACGGCGAUGGGGACCGCCGUGAGGUCCGGAGCCCCCAAGUCUGUGCUCACAGUGCGGCCUCCCUCCUGCCCCCCGGGGGUCCAGGCCACCCCGCCGCCCAGCAACAUCAUGCCACAGCGGGUCCUGCUCAGCCCCGACAUGCAGGCCAGGCUGCCCUCUGGGGAGGUAGUGAGUAUUGCUCAGCUGGCCUCCUUGGCAGGGCGGCCCGUGUCGUCCUGUCAGGGCAGCAAACCCGUGACCUUCCAGCUGCAGGGCAACAAACUCACCCUGUCUGGAGCCCAGCUCCACCAGGUCCCUGUGGCCCCCCCUCGUCCCGUUCAAGGUAAUGUGAUGCAUCUGGUGUCCAGUGGGGGGCAGCACCACCUGAUCAGUCAGCCUGCCCAGGUGGCCAUGUUCAGCACACCCAACACCCACGCUGCCGGCGGCAACCCUGCCAACCCCGCCCCCGCUGGGAUGCAGCUACCUCACAAUGCUUCUCCAGUGCCCCCAUCUGGCAUUGUGAAGAUCGUGGUGCGGCAGUCAACAGGGAAGGAGGGAGGGGGGUGUGUUCCCACCUUGGCAGUACCCCCUUGCCCUCGGGUCGCUCACCUGGCCUCUCCCUCAGUUCACCACCACACCAACGCCAUCCCCUCCACCAGGGCCCCGACCCCCCUGCAGCCUCCCCAGCACGCCCCUCCUGGGCCAGUCACCGCAGAGUACACUGCAGCGCCCCCCCGGAUCCCCCCCGCCACGGGAGCCCACCACCCCGCCCCUCGCCCGGUCCUGAGGGUGGUGCAGGGGCCUGCGCUCGCACCCCCACCUGCACCACAGCCAAGCCCAGAACACACAGCUCCCCGUUUAAAUGAUUCGUCUUCAUCAGUGCGGGAGGAUGGUAGUUCUCGCCCGGGCCCUCCCAGGUCAGGGUCCCACGUUGGUGGGAUUGUCCAUCCUCGGCUCCGGGCCCCUCGCCCUCCUCCCCGUUCUCCUUUCUACAUGUCCUGGUUGGACGACCAGCAGAAGAAGCAGUGCACCAGCAGACUCGAGCACAUCUUUCGGGUGAACGAGCUGCAUUGUAGCGCCAAGCCCGUGUACGGCUACGAGGUGCUGAACUUCCUCACGUUCCUCCCCGGUCCUUGCCCCUCCCCCACGCCCCCGGCCCAGUGGGGGCGCUCUGGUCACGCCAGCUGUCUGUUCGCCCAGUCCCACAGCCCUCAGGACUACUGGUUCCUGAGCCGGGCCCUGAGGGAGGCCAUCCACACCACCCAGGACAGGCUGGGUCUACUCAGUGACAUCAUAGACAGGUUUGCGUUUGUCAUUCCACCCGUAGAAGCUCCUCCUAUCUCCAUGCACUCCUGCCACCCUCCUCCGUCUCUGAGCCACAAGCGGGCUGUCUUCACCUCCAUGCUGGCCUCCCAGGUGGCUCCGCUCUCACACAGCCUGCACCGCAUCCAGUGCAACAUGAGGACCCACUUCCCUGACCUGAGGCUCAUCCAGUACGACUGUGGAAAGCUGCAGACCCUCCACACCCUGCUGAGGAAGCUGAAGGAGGGCAGUCACCGCGUCCUCAUCUUCACCCAGAUGACCCGCAUGCUGGACGUGCUGGAGCAGUUCCUCAACUACCACGGCCACAUCUACCUCCGUCUGGAUGGCAGCACCCGUGUGGAGAUGAGACAGUCUCUGAUGGAGCGUUUCAACGCAGACCGCCGCAUCUUCUGCUUCAUCCUGUCCACCCGCAGCGGGGGCGUGGGCGUCAACCUGACGGGCGCCGACACGGUGGUGUUCUACGACAGCGACUGGAACCCCACCAUGGACGCCCAGGCCCAGGACCGCUGCCACCGCAUCGGACAAACCCGCGACGUCCACAUCUACAGGCUGAUCAGUGAACGCACUGUGGAGGAGAACAUCCUUAAGAAAGCCAACCAGAAGAGGAUGCUGGGAGACAUGGCCAUAGAAGGAGGCAAUUUCACCACCGCCUUCUUCAAAGAGCAAACCAUCCGGGACCUGUUCGACGUGACGGAGGGAGAGAAGAAGGAGGUGACCGUGGAGCUGUCUGUCCCUCAGCCGGAGGAAGAGGAAGCAGUCAACAAACAGAGCACCACCAUCCUGGAACAGGCCUUGUGUCGUGCGGAGGACGAGGAGGACAUUGUGGCCGCGUCACAAGCCAAGGCUGAGCAGGUGGCCGAGCUGGCAGAGUUCAACGAGAACAUCCCAUUGGACGACGGAGGGGAAGGAAGAGACCCAGAGGAGGAGGAGCUCUCCAAAGCAGAGCAGGAGAUAGCUGCACUGGUGGAGCAGCUCACCCCUAUAGAGCGCUAUGCCAUGAACUUCCUGGAAGCUUCACUGGAGGAUGUGUGUAAAGAGGAGCUGAAGCAAGCUGAGGAGCAAGUGGAGGCUGCCAGGAAAGGUCUAGACCAGGCCAAGGAGGAGGGCUUGAGGCUACACGGCUCCUCUGACGACGACGACGAUGACUUCUCAGCGCAGCAGGCCUCCGAGGAGUCCUCCCACGCCACGUCCGGCCGCCGCACACGCAAACACAAGGAGAAGGGGGCCCCGUCCACCAGGACCAGCGGCCGCCUCCGAGGGGCCACGGCCUCCCCCGAACCAGAGCCUGAGCACCCCUCCGCCCAGUCCCCGAGAGAAGUGCCUGAGAAACCCCGCUCUGCUGUGAGAGGUCGAGGGGGGGCCAGGGACCCCUCCGCCACCCCGGGCCGCUCGGACCAGCCCAGGGCCCAGGGCUCCUCCGCCAGGCUCCAGGCAUCCCCGACCUCCCCCUCCAGAGACCAGGCCUUCAAAUCAAGGGCAGGGACGUCAUCGCCCCACCGUCUUCUCUCAGUGCCUUCCACCGCCACCUCGUGUCCUGUGGACCACCAGCUGUACUCCGCCCAGGCCAGGGACUACGACAUCCAGGACCUGGACUCCCUGUCUCCCCCCUCGGGGAGGUCUCCUCGCAAGCGCCAGUCUGCAGACGGGGAAGUGCUGCGCAGCCUGCCCGAGGACUCCCCGUCCGCUAAAGUCCUGCGGAAGCUUCCGGGCCGCCUGGUCACUGUGGUGGAGGACAAGGAGCCCAGGAAGAGGAGGAGGAGAGGGAGCGGGACGGGAGGAGGCUCCUCCGAGGAGACUGAGCACGCGGGGGGGUCAGACGACACCCCCCACUCCCCCGACAAGACUAAAGGGAACCUCUCCAAGUCAUCCUGCCUACCACCAGACCAAGAACUGCCACCCCCCCAUCCCGUCAGAAGCUACCCCCCUUACUCCCCACCCCACCUCUCUCCUGACAUGCCCGUGCUGAGGAACCUGCCAGUGCGACGCAGGCUGGAGACCGAGUCUCGUAUGGCUGCCCAGCUGGGAGAGCAGCACGUGGGCCGGGGGAGGGGCGGGGCCUACCCCAGGAAGACAGACCCUCAGCCGGGCAGGGACGGCCCGGCCGACCCGGCUGUUCCUGUCAAACGAAAGCGGGGCAGACCCCCUAAGACUCCCCCCAAGGCUGCAGAGCCCAAGCCGGAGCACGUUCCUCCCCGCCUGCCCGCCGUGCCCCUCCAGGAGAGCAGCCCCCCCAUCUCUCCCAAACGCAAAAGGGGUCGUCCCCGCAAGGACGCCACACCCGUCACUGUCAACACUGACACUGCUAACGCUAGGAAAGAGCUUCCGGGGCAGCGGCCCUUCACUCAGCCCGCCUCGCAGCCCGCCUCGCAGCCCGCCUCGCAGGCCUCCAAAGCUGCCAGCGUCAGCCAGGCUUCUUCAUCUGCCACAGCUGAGGAAUCCAAACUGGACACUAAGACUGAUGUCAGCGCCACCUCCCCAGCAUCUACACCUAGCCCAUCACAAGUCCCUAGACCAUCCUCUAAUCCAGUCUCUGAAGCGACGUCAAACCCAGCUCCAGAGACUGUCACUACUCUAACCCCACCUGUCGUUUCUGUUUCCAUACCAACCCCGACCGUGGUCUCCGUCCCAUCAACAGGUGCUAUUUCAAAGUUAACCCCACCCACACUGACUGCUUCUAUGGUUUGUGCUGCUUCAUCUAAACCAGUUGCAGUCUCCAUCUCAGCCCCAGCUCCAGACUGCACUCCAUCAAGAGUCCCAACCUCAGAACCUGUCGGUACCUCCACUGCACCCACCACCAGGCUUCCUACACCCUAUAUUCCCACAGGGACUCAAGUCCAGGCUCCUAAACCCAAGCCAACCCCAUCGCACAGCCCUGCCAGAACCCCUGCACAGGUCCACACUCCAACACCAGUCACAACAUCCUCCAGUGUCACCACCUCUGCUCCAGCUCCUGUCACAGUCACCAGGCCAGCACCAGCUGCUAGUGAGGUCACAAUCACCAGGCCAGCACCUGCUGCUAGUGCAGUCACAGUCACCAGGCCAGCACCAGCUGCUAGUGAGGUCACAAUCACCAUGCCAGCACCAGCUGCUAGUGCAGUCACAGUCACCAUGCCAGCACCAGCUGCUAGUGCAGUCACAGUCACCAGGCCAGCACCUGCUGCUAGUGCAGUCACAGUCACCAGGCCAGCACCAGCUGCUAGUGAGGUCACAGUCACCAGGCCAGCACCAGCUGCUAGUGAGGUCACAGUCACCAGGCCAGCACCUGCUGCUAGUGCAGUCACAGUCACCAGGCCAGCACCUGCUGCUAGUGCAGUCACAGUCACCAUGCCAGCACCAGCUGCCAGUGUCUCAACAACUCUCUCAGCUGUCAAACCAGUUCUGCCAUCAGCACCCACCGUGGCCACCAAACCGCCGCCUGCUGCCAAACCGGCUCUGACGACACCAGUCACCUCCGCCCCUCCUGCCCCAGCCCCUAACACGACCCUCCCACCGACACCCUCACUGCCUCCCGCUACAGUUGGCAACCCAGGUCCUUCCCAAGUUCCUACUCUAGCCCCUGCCAUAUCUGUCAAACCCGCCAUCUCAACACCUGCCACCAUCCCUGCAACAGUUCCUGUGAGAACUGUCACAGCUCUUUGUUCAACCCAUACUUCAUGUCCUACCAAGCCAGUCAUGUCUGCUGUAGUGUCUGUUCCACCUGCCUACAUCAUAGACACCACCCCAGCCCUCCCGUCUCCCCCCUCUCUCCCCUGCUCUACCCCCUUUCCAGUCCCCAGCUUAACAUCCAAGCAAAUGUCUUCGACCACAGCCCCUAUUCCCACUCCAGCUCAAGUCCCACCCAAGGUCCCCUCGCCCUCCGCCUGUUCUGCAGCUGGUUCAUGCCCAGAGAGCCAGACUGUGCGUCCUGUCCCACAGGAGAACGUACAGAACAGAGACACAGUCAUGGAGGUGGACACUGUGGAGGAUACAGCAGACAGCAAGGCGUCAGAGGACAGAGGAGAGGUCUGUGUGACUCAACCCAAAAAACAGGGGAAAGCGGAGACCUCCCCCGACCCUAAAGACUCUGUCGCCGACUCGGAAAGAGAGUCAGAGAGUCUUGCUGACUCGGAAAGAGAGUCAGAGAGUCUUGCUGACUCAGAAAAAAAGUCGACGAGCUCUCAGAAGAAGGAAGCCGAGAGGCAGGAGGCGGCGGAGAAAGUCCCCAGUAAGAAAAGGCCUCUCAGUCGACAGAGCAGCCAGGAGUCGGUCCGCUCCUCUUCUCCAUCCUCUGUGUGCUCCACCUCCACCCCCACUCCCUCCACCCUCCACAAGAAGACCGCGGAGAAGAAGAUGCCUCCCAAGAGGAGACGGGCCGAGGUCAAAGCCGACUCGGGGGAGGGGAACGGAGCGAAGGAGCCUGCCAAUCAGAAGAGACGGUCCAGGUCCUCGUCCUCUGACUCUGACGUUUCUGAAGCCAGGAAGGAGCGUGGCCUGGCUCGCUCAGGCCAGCCCCGCCCAGGCCAGCCCCGUCCGGAGAGGGAGAAGGACGGGGAGAGUCACCGACCGAGGAGGAAGCCGGCCAGGAGCACGGACAGGACUCUGUCCAACAACACCACUUCCACUGGAGGGGAGUCUGGCAGUGAGACAUCCACUCGGGUCACCCGAAAGUCCUUGGGAUCCCAGCCUACUGCGGAUAGCAAACCACAGCCCAAUAGCGUGAGCUCUACUCCUCCCCAGCCAGAGGUCCUAGGUAAGAGAUGUUCAGCUCUAAAUGCUGCUGCCAAGCUCCAGGCCAUGAGGGGCAGAGUGGACACUCCCGGCCACAACAGCAGGAGAGACUCGGGGGCCAAGCAUGGGACCUCUCCCGCUUCCUCAGACAAGAGCCAGAAGUCCAAAAGCAAAAGUCUGCCCUCAACCCCUCAGCCUAACUCCUGCAGCAGCAACAACAACACCACCAACAAAGCCAGUGGCAGUAAACAGACGGCCAACCAGACACAGUCCUGCCGCUCCUUGUCCCGCUCCACACGCCAACGCCCCGGGGCCCUGGUCCCUCCCCUCAAAACGGACAACAAGCGAGGGGGCAAACGGGAGGACAAGGACCGGAAGAAGUACGGGAAGGACGAGGGCGAGGCCGAGACUCGUUCCUCCAGGGGCCACAGCGCCUGCAGCAGCGGCAGCAGCGACGGGGAAGGAGGCAGCAGCCGGAGCAGCAGCGACGACAGCAGCAGCCAGCGCACACACAGCUUGAGCUCCCAGAGCACCGGGCCCAGGGGGGGGCCCCGCUCCCGAGCCGCCUCCUCGGGAAGCGAGCCGGACCGCGGCUCGGAGAGGUCCAGGCGCAGCGGCCGCGGGAAGGACAGGGAAGGCCGGGGGAGGGGGAGCAGGAAGGGGAGGCGCUCUCAGAAGCGAGGGAGGCGUUCGCAGGAAGCGAGCACCGGCUCUGGAGAGGGCACGCCAGACAGGGUGCUGCGGAGUGUGGCGGCCCUGGCGGCGGCCCAGGCCCGCACCCCGGCCAGCAACACCCGCUCCUCCUCCACCCAGCACCGUCACAACAAGACAUGAUGGGUGGGACACAUAACAAGCAGAUAAAGGGGAAGGGAGGAAAGGAUUGUGACUGGAGACAAAUUACGAGCGGUAGGCAGUAAUGGGAUCGGGGGGGGGGAGGGGGGGAGACGACCUCAAAGGUUUGCAGCUCACGUCGUCCCUCUUGACGACGAUGAGAGGGGCCUGUGAGGUCUGUACGGGCCGAGACCUCCCUCCCUUCCUGGUCCUUCUCCCUCCUCCACUCACAUCAGAACGGGUGUAAACCCUCCAGUUCAGUCAUGGCAACCCGGGAGAAGGCUCAGACAUGCCACGCUGUGGAGUGCAGACGGUGCAUCGCAGUUCCCUUUUCAAAGGUGUUAGUAGUCCUGAAGGUGUACGGUCGUGUGGACAGAAGCCCACUGCACCACUGAGACGUCUGGACAGGCUGCAAUUGAGUCGUUGUUAGUUUUACACUAUGUACUGUAAUCAUAUACAAAGACUGGAAUACUAAGAGAUGUCUAAAAAAAAAGAUGGGAUUAGAUUGUGCCCUUAAUACAGAGUUUGGCCUCUGCCGGGGUUAUCGAGAGAAAUCAUUUGUGCAAACAUUCAAGAGGCGUUUGAGUGGCAAGUUGGAAGGUUUUAGACAAUUGGGUUCUGGAAAUGUUGUCAGCUGUUCUGACUUGUCAGCUGUUCUGAUUUGUCUUUUCUAGUCAGUUGAUAAGUUAUGGAUAUUUGAUAGUUUCUUCCAGGGUAUUAGGAAGAGAGCAGAUCUGUAAAUGUGAUCUUUGCUGCACUAUGCUGGAGUUAGUCUUUGCUUGGGCCUCCCUAUCUUGUAAUUUCUUGUCCAUCUGAUCCUUACUUUUAAAUCUAGCCUGCAUUUCUCAUUUGCACAUCUGACACGUUGUCCUCAACAUUGGCGUACAUUGUGGUGUAAUAUUUUUGACAUAAAUUUCAAUCAGUUACUAAGUCCCCGCUCCUUCACACAAUGUACCUAAGCUCUCAAUGUCUUUUGAGCUUGUAAUGUUUCUGGAAGAGAAUUCUUCUAUUGCUAUUGGCAACACAGACCCAGGGUCAGAGCCUUCUUUAUACCACUUACCUUCCCAAAGCCAGUUAUUAAGGUCAAUAUUGUUAUGAAGUCUAUACUAAAAGAAAAUUAACUCAGUUUGAAUAAGAGUGCCUAGUGGGCAAGCUGUUUGAAUCCCAGUUUGCCUUGUCCAGUAUCUAAAGUAGGGGGUGUGGAAGUAGGUUAUUAGUCCCCCCAAGAAGGAACCACUUCCUCCUGUGAAUCACAAGGUAAGCACCCCCUAUUCAUCAGUGCUACCCAAUCCCAAAUCUUUAUUUUUGACCUCAAUUUGCCAUUGCUCCUUUUUCAUGUAAAGUACUUGGACAAUAUGUGAAUAAAAAAUACUGGUACAGUUCCAGAUGGCUCUGUAAAUUAUCAUUAACUUUUUGAGGACUUGCAUUUGUCAAAGCUAUUUUUGGGCUGGGUGAUGUUUUGAUUGGAUGGGUGGUAUAUGGUGAUGGUCUUUAUUUUGAUUUCUUUCAUUUGUUACAUUCCUUUGUUCCCUUGUAAUUCCACAUUGUUUUACUUGAAAGAUUAAAGACAAAAUGACCGUUGAAUAAAAGACCAAAAAACUAA